AUGUGCCAGCGACGGUAUGUCAACGACAUCCUCAAGCGCUUCGGCAUGGAUGAGUGCAAGGCCGCAGCAAGUCCGGUCGACUUGAGCACUCGGCUUGUCGCAAGCAGCGAAGCGGCCAAGAUCGACGUUCCGUGUCGUAAAGCUAAUCCGCAGCAAGAACAUUGGACGGCGGUGAAGCGCAUCUUUCGUUACUUGCAAGGGACCAAGUCGCACGGACUCCGCUUCCAGCCAAGCGACAAGAUCGACUUUCGUGGCUACUCGGACACGGACUGGGCCGGCGACCACGCUGAUCGCAAGUCGACUUCGGGUUACACUUUCAUGCUGAUGGGUGCUCCUGAAGGCAAGUGGGUGCAUCGCCUGCUAUGCGAGAUUUUGGCGGCCGCAAACGAACCAGGACCGGACCUCGUCAUCCGUGAAGACAACCAGUCGUGCAUCAAGAUGACGAAGAAUCCGGUGAAUCAUGGCCGCUCCAAGCAAAUCGACAUCAAGUACCAUCACAUCCGUGAUGAGGUCAAGCACGGUGAAGUGCAGCUCGAAUAUUGCGAGACUUCCGUGAUGAUGGCUGACAUCACGACCAAAGGACUUUCUGGACCUCGCCACAAGGACUUGACGACGGCUCUCGUCAUUCGUGCGAGUUCGCAUUGA